AUGUCGUCAAUGGAUUGUUUAAGCCACUUCUUUGACUGGGAUCAACCUAUCCAGCUCCAGGAAUGUUUUAUUCCCAAUGUGGAUACAACUAUCCCCAAAUCCGACAGUUUCUUCUUCCAAACUCAACCUCAAAUGCAAUACCAUCAGCCAUUGUUUCAAGAAGAAGCUCCUUCUCAGACCCUACUAGAGCUCACUGACUUGGACUAUUUCUGCGACCAGUUUCUUCCUCCCCAAGAAACCUAUCUUCCUUGCCCUAAAACUGAAACACACGACCUAGAUUUCUUCCUCUCCGCGCCAAAACUCCAGAAACUUGCAGUUGACUCAAGCUACCAUUGUAACCCUCACAACCACUUGCCAAACCCUAACCCUAAUUUCUUGAACUACUACGACGAGCUUGAUUUAGCUCCAGAAGCUUUCAUCUUCCCGGAGUUUCAAGUUCCAGAUAUCCCCUUAGAGUUCAAGGUAGGCCGAGGAGAUGAAGACGGAAGCCACGGCACCAAGAAACCAAAGCUUUCAUCUCAGAGCAUCGCAGCUCGUGAGAGAAGAAGAAGAAUUGCGGACAAGACUCAUGAGCUCACGAAACUCAUCCCAGGUGGUCAGAAACUCAACACCGCAGAGAUGUUCCAAGCCGCCGCUAAGUAUGUCAAGUUCUUACAAAGCCAAGUUGGGAUUCUCCAAAUGAUGCAGACGAGAAAGAAGACGCAUAUCUCUGAUGUGGAAAUCGAAACUCAAGUUUUACUUGGAUCACAAGAAAUCCAGGAGAAGCUAUCAACGCAUGAAGUAUGUUUGGUUCCGUGUGGAAUGGUUCGAGAUCUAUCAAGUGAAGAAUCUAUUUGGAGAAAUCCUAUGAUUACUGGAGAGAUCAACAAGUUACUAUCUGCAGACUUGUCUAACUAG